GCUGUGUGGAUCGUCCUGCCGAGGCCGGAGCUGGCGGCGCCGUCAUGAGGCCAAGCGCCCCAGCCGCCGCCGCCAACGCAGGGGCAGCAGUACUUUGAAAUUGAUGUUGGACAUGAUUAUCACCACACUUCAUCAACGCACAUAAAUUAUUUUCUCCUCCUUUUGGAUAAUUUUUUUUAUACUACAAUGCAACAAGCUUUAGAAUUAGCUUUGGAUCGUGCAGAGUAUGUCAUUGAAAGUGCCCGUCAGAGACCUCCUAAACGGAAAUAUUUAUCUAGUGGAAGGAAAUCUGUAUUUCAGAAGCUAUAUGACUUAUAUAUAGAAGAAUGUGAGAAAGAACCUGAGAUAAAGCAGAAGCUGAGACGAAAUGUGAACUUGCUAGAGAAACUUGUUAUGCAAGAAACACUCUCCUGUCUGGUAGUCAAUCUAUACCCAGGAAAUGAGGGCUAUUCUCUGAUGCUCAGGGGAAAGAAUGGUUCGGAUUCUGAAACCAUUCGCCUGCCUUAUGAAGAAGGAGAACUGCUUGAAUACUUGGAUGCUGAAGAAUUACCGCCAAUUUUGGUUGAUCUCCUGGAAAAGUCUCAGGUUAAUAUUUUUCAUUGUGGAUGUGUCAUAGCAGAAAUACGUGACUACAGGCAGUCUGGGAAUAUGAAAUCUCCAGGUUACCAAAGCAGACAUAUUCUCUUACGUCCAACAAUGCAAACUUUAAUCUGUGAUGUUCAUUCUAUAACAAGUGAUAAUCAUAAAUGGACACAAGAAGACAAACUUCUCCUUGAGAGCCAGCUUAUCCUAGCCACAGCAGAACCAUUGUGUCUUGAUCCUUCUAUAGCUGUGACCUGUACUGCAAACAGAUUGCUCUAUAAUAAACAGAAGAUGAACACUCGACCAAUGAAACGCUGUUUCAAGAGGUACUCCAGAUCUUCCCUGAAUCGGCAGCAGGAUGUGUCCCACUCCACAGCUCCUCCACAGCUAAGAUUGCUUGACUAUUUGCAGAAAAGAAAAGAGAGAAAAACAGCCCAGCAGUAUGACCUCAAAAUUUCUAAAGCAGGAAAUUGUGUGGAUAUGUGGAAACAGAACCCUUGUUAUUUGACUACACCUUCAGAAGUGGAUGUGGAAAAGUAUGCUAAAGUGGAAAAGUCUAUCAAAUCUGAUGACUCACAGCCAACUGUCUGGCCAGCACAUGAGAUAAAAGAAGAUUAUGUGUUUGAAUGUGAAGUUGGUAAUCAGUUUCAGAAAACAAAGCUAACCAUUUUUCAAUCACUUGGUAAUCCACUUUACUAUGGGAAAAUACAGACUUAUAGAAGUGAUGAAGAAAGUGAGAGCCCAAUGACACCAACCCAGUUCCUUAUUGGAUCAAAGACUGACGCUGAAAGAAUAAUUAAUCAAUACCAAGAGUUGAUUCAGAAUGAAGCCAAAUGUCCAGUGAAGAUGUCCCACUCAAGUGGAUCUGGCAAUCUUAGUCAACUUUCUCCAGGGAAAGAAAUGGAAUUAUCGACCAACCAAGAUGGUGGAGUAGAAGGAAGUAGUACAGCCGAGCUGUCUCCCACAACUACUCCCCAAAGAUCUAGAAAACGCAUCAGACCCAGUCCUGAUCGGGAAAUUCAAGAAAAAAUCACACCCGAGAGUUUAUUGGUUCAGCCAUCAGUGUUGGGAAAGGGAGUAAAACAUCGGCCUCCACCCAUUAAACUUCCUUCAGGUUCAGGAAGUAGCUCUUCAGGUAAUAUUUUUAGUCCACAGCAGUCAGGCAGCCAUCAUAAGUCCCCAACUCCUCCCCCCACUUCUAAGCCACCUGGUCUUUCUCGGAAACCUUCUAUGGAUCUUAGUCAAGUUAGCAUGCUUUCUCCAGCUGCUCUGUCACCUGCCAGCUCAUCACAAAGAUCUGGAACUCCUAAGCCAUCUACUCCUACACCAACCCCUUCAUCGACCCCACACCCUCCUGAUGCUCAGAGCUCAACUCCUAUUACCCCUUGUGCCACCCCUACUCCCCAAGAUUCAGGCUUCACCCCUCAGCCCACUUUGUUAACCCCGUUUGCUCAGCAGCAAAUGUCUCUGAGCCAGGCAAUGCCUGUAAUGACCAUUCCUCUUUCCACCAUGGUAACAUCUAUAACUACAGGAACCACGUCCACCCAAGUCAUGGCAAACCCUGCUGGACUUAACUUCAUCAAUGUAGUGGGCUCUGUAUGUGGAGCGCAAGCAUUGAUGAGCAGUUCAAAUCCCAUGCUCGGGUGCAAUUCUGGUGCCAUAACCCCUGCAGGUUUAAAUCUGAGUGGCAUUUUACCCUCAGGAGGUCUGGUACCAGGUGCAUUGCCAGCUGCAAUGCAGUCAGCCUCUCAAUCAGGUGUCCCCUUUGGUUUAAAAAAUACUUCAAGUCUCAGGCCCUUAAAUCUACUCCAGCUUCCAGGUGGUUCACUUAUUUUCAAUCCACUUCAGCAGCAGCAGCAACAGCAACAGCAGCUUUCUCCCUUUUCUCCACAGCAACAGUCUCAGCCCCCUACAACUUCUAGUCCUCAGCAGCCAGAACAGAGUUCUGAACCAGGUACAGCCAGUCAAGACCAGGCCUUAUCUGCUCAACAAGCUGCUGUUAUUAACUUGACUGGAGUUGGGAGCUUUAUGCAGUCCCAGGCAGCGGUGUUGUCUCAGCUUGGCUCUGCCGAGAACAGACCUGAGCAAAGCCUUCCUCAGCAGAGAUUCCAGCUCUCCUCUGCCUUUCAACAGCAGCAGCAACAGAUACAACAGUUGCGAUUCUUACAGCAUCAAAUGGCUAUGGCAGCAGCAGCAGCAGCACAAACAGCUCAGCUCCAUCGGCAUCAACAUACAGGCAGCCAGUCAAAAAGUAAAAUGAAGAGAGGCACGCCAACCACUCCAAAAUUCUGAGUCACCAAUUAUUUAGGGUUCUGUUUUUUUUUUCCUCUUCAGAAAAAGAGCAUUGAAUCAGAGGGUUUUUCUGGGUUUUUAUUUCACUUGCUUUUGUUUUGUUGGGUUUUUUUAAGUGUCAGUAUUUUACAUGGCUAGAGUGGGGGCAGAAGUACUAAGUUACUAUGGGAACCCAACCCUGAAAUUUUAAAAAUUAGGGAGUUCAUCUAACAAAUUAGGGUUGGUUUUCUUAAGUCACAGCCUUUUAAACAGUUGCUUUACUGUGCAUUUUUUUUUUCCACUAAGGAAUAUUGUACAUAGUAUAAGGAGGUGGCCUAAGAAAUUCUAGGGGAAAAAAAGGACUUUGUAAAUGUAGUAUUGAUAUUUGUUUAUUUAGUAUAAAAGAUUUGUGAGCGCUGUAACAAAUACAAUUUUUACAAAUCCA